CGCCGCUGGGAAGGGCCCGCGCCGCCGAACGGGGAUAAAGAGGGGAAGGGGGAUCCACCGGACGAUCUACCUAAACGCGUUCGAGGCCCGAACGCGACUGGCAUAUCGGUGAUCGAUCGAACCGUCGAGAGGAUUAGCAGCGUGUCGUCGCGUCGACAUCCGAACCAUGUUUGCCUCGACGUUGUCAGCGCGGUGCGGGAUAGGGUGCGUCGAUGCGGGAUCCGCGCGUUUUCGAUCCCAACGUCGUCACGGCGCCACCCACAUGUGCCGUGGGCGAAGGAAAGCCGCCUUGAACGCGCGAGCGUCCGCAGAUGACCCCUCCGCGUCGUCCCGAGGCGGCGUAAUCCUCGAGGAGCCGAAGUGCGAGCUGCUGAGCAACGAAGGCGGCAAGUACAGCCUUGUCGGAGAGAUGGUUGUCGACAGCGACGCCGAUUCCAUGUAUCGGAUGCUCACCGACUAUGCCGCGUCGCCCCGCAUCUUCAGCACCGUGGACAGCGUCCAGACCAGAGAUUUGGACGAUGGGAGGCUGCUGGUGAGCCAGCAGUGCAGGUGGAAGUUCAUGGUCUUCGGCGGCGCCUUUCCGUGCCACCUGGCGGUUAAGGAGGAACCCGCGAGGCGGUACAUGGAGGUGGCACUGCACAAGAAGGGGUUCAUCCGGGAGUUUGAAGGGUCGUGGACGGUGUCGAACGAGCCUGGCGGGGGCGUGAGGGUGAGACACACGCUCGCGCUGCGACCCGCGCUGACGCCGCCGUAUGCGCACAAGAUCUUCCUGCGGCAGAUUGGCGAGAUCUUCACUGACGUCAAGGCGGAGGUGGAGAGAUGGGAUGGCGCGGCGUAUUACCCCGCGCCCAUCGAUGACGGGUCCUCCGAUUUCGGAUCCGGCGACGAGGGGAUGCAGCCGGUGCCCCAAAGUCGAUGAGAAGAUGAAAGUAGCGAAGUGGAAAGUCGACCGGCAAAAGGAGCGUCCCCCCAUGGUCUCUACCAGGGUGGAUUUUCCGCCCGUCGCGUGUACGAAUACCUUACCCUGUAUCAGUGCCCAAAAACCUGUAUUAGCGUAACACUUUUAGGAACAGACUCAUCAGUUUGAUGAAAAAGAGAGACGCGUCGCAUCCUU